AUGGUUCGUGCCCCUGAAAGACGUUACAGGCGACAACGGCAACCCCCGAGAGUCCCCAUCUGUGUGUCCUGCAGAUUUCACUGGAAGCCCUGAGUCUUUGAUGGCCAGGCCCGGUCUAGGUACAGGGCAUUGGACCUGUAUUGGCCGCAGUGUUACUUUGUACCGUACGAAUGCCGAUACGAAGGACGGGCGGCGAGACGACGAUCCUGCUGUUUUCAAGCUGGCCUCCCGUCUGGAGCCGUGCGGCGUGCCACGGUGAGGUGCCCGCAACUUUAAGCAAGCGUUGGAAUAUUUGGGUCUUGGCGGGUGAGGCGAGACGAGGCGAGCCAGGCGCCAUCUCUUGUUCAUUUCGUGCCAAUCUCGCCAGCACCUUUCAAGCCAUCAUCACCGACAUCACACUGGGUCUUGGCGGUGUCCCCUUAAUAAUCCAAGUUGGCACACCUAGCAUUCAAUGUCUGAAACUGAAGCUCAAGCUCAAGCCGCUGCUCGUUACGGAUACUCGUGUGGCUACAAGCCGCUGCACAGUCAGCAAGUCCUCGACAGCCACGCACGCCUACGGCCCUACACCUCACUUUUCCAGUUCUCGCUGACCUCACGGCAGCCUCCAGUCUAAGUCAACGAGAAGCCGGGACGUCCUCUGUGCCGGCACGCCUCGUAAGGUCACUCGCGUGCGGCUGUGAGCGGCGUAGCGUCAGUCGGCCGGCAAUUUUGCCUCAGGGCUCACAACGACGACGCUCUCAGACGCACAGCCGGCAGCAUUUCUUCGGGGGACGCGGGU